AUGAAAAGAGUUAAGACAGAAUAGAGUACACUUAUUGAGCUUAUCAAAAAAAAAGAUAACUAGAAUAUUUAGCUCUAAUUAAAACCUAAAAAUCGGAAAAUAAGCUAAAUUGGAUAUUUUAAUUCACUAAAUGUUUCGAAUGCAAAAGUUAAAUUAAGUAUCUUGAUGCGUGAUAUUAUAAAUGCAAAUCCAACUCAUGAAAAAAACUUCUAAUAUAAAAUAAAAAAUAAAAAUAGAUCAAUUAUUGCUGAGGACAAAAAACCUAUUCGAAACAAUAAUAAGCCUUCGAGAUUCAUUGAUUUAUAGGAAAACCAAAUAUUUAAAAAGUAAUUCUACACUAAUCCAUAGUAAGUUCAUGAGAAUAUAACUUUAAGAAAUAGCUUGUCUAAUUAAAGAAUAAAUGUUUAAAAAAUAAAAAAGAACUCGAAAUUAUUAUAAUAAACAUUUGAAUAAUAAUAAAUAAUACAUGAUUUAAUUGUUUUACCUUAAGUUAUAAAUUUAGAAUAAUAAAGUAAGAGUGUAGCUUUGAUUUAAUCAGUUAGAUAAUUUGAAAAGAAAUAAUAACUCUAUCAUAUUGAAGGUUCACUAGAAAAAACUAUUGAAGAUUUUAAUGUAUUAAUAAUAUAAAUUAGAGACUCGUAUGUUUGGUAGUAGAACUGUGAAAAAGUUAAUAAACUCAGUGAAGCCAUGGGUCAAUCAAUUAUAAUAGAAAAAAUAGUCAAAAUAUAAGAGAAUUAGAUUAGAUAUGAUUUAAUUGUUAACUCAUAUACAUAAAUUAAAACUAACACUAGAAGAAUUUUGCAAAAAAGAUGUAUUUCCAAAAGUACCAUAUUAAAGUCAAAGAAGUGAGAAAUUUUUUAGUUUAUGUAAAAUGAAUAAGGGUGAUUAAAUAUAGCAGUUGUUAGAAGUGGAAAAAUAUCUUGUAUAUGAGUAUGAUCCUUCUUUUAUGACAGCUCUUCAUUGGUGUUGUGUAAGAAAUUGUAAAGCAGCAGCUUUAAUUCUACUUAAAAAUGGUGCAGAUCCUGAUGCAUAAGAUAUGAUAGGUAGAACUCCAUUAUUUCUUGCAUUAUUACAUAAUAAUAAUGAAAUAGCUUAGUUACUUUUGUAUCACAAAGCAGAUCCUUGGAAUAAGGGAAUUUUAGAUUAUAAUGAAGCAUUAACAAACAAUAUUGAAGGGAAAACAAUGUUACAGCAGGCAAGAAGAGUAUAAUUUUUAUAUUUAAUUUAUAGACUCAUAUCUUAUUGAGAAUGACACCUCCUGCAGAAAGAUAAUUUAUUUGGUAAUAAAAAUAAUUUAUGAUGUUUUGUGAUUGA